CCCUGGUUGCCUAGAAGUAACUCUUUUUAUCAUAGGCAUAUCUGUCUUCCUGUAGGUCCAACACUCCAUGGAAAACAGUUAACUGAACGAAUAUGGCUACUGCUCAACUCCUGCAUAUUGGCCAGAAGCCCAAAACUUUGAAGGAAACGUCUCUGUUUCCAAACAGAGUUGCCACUGAGCAGCAGUCUAUGGUUUUGGUGAAAAGGCUGCUAGCAGUUUCAAUCUCCUGCAUAACUUAUCUCCGGGGGCUCUUCCCAGAAAGCUCUUAUGGAACCCGCUAUUUAGAUGACAUGUGCCUAAAAAUUCUUCGAGAAGAUAGAAGCUGCCAGGGUUCACUCCAGGUAGUCAAGUGCAGGAUUCAAGGGUGCUUUGAUGCGCUGGAAAAGAACUAUCUACAUAUGGCUGCCUUGACAAUCUAUACCAACCCUAAAGAACCUGAGCACAUGACAGAAUUCUACCGGUUCAAGUUCAAGUAUUCAAGGAAUGGACCUCAGAUGGACUUUGAUAGUGGUGACACUCAAGGGAGCUUUACAAAUGGAGGGAAGGGUGAGGAAAUUAAGCAAGCCAGCAUCCUGCUGAUCCGCAAAUUGUAUGUCUUAAUGCAGAAUCUUGGACCGCUGCCUAAUGACAUUACAUUGACCAUGAAACUGUUCUACUACAAUGAUGUCACACCCAUUGAUUACCAACCCCCUGGCUUUAAGGAAGGCAACAUCUCUGAUUGCCUGCUUUUUGAUGGUGACCCAGUGAACCUCAAAGUCGGGUCAGUCUCCACUGGGUUCCACAUUAUGAAAGUGAGAGUAACAACAGAGAGCAAACGGAUGGGGUUGCUGGAGAGCAAUCUGGUUGAGGAGAAUGGUUCCACUGAGAUCUCCCAUCAGGGGCUAGACUGUGAUGAGGAAGAAGAGGAAGGCAGCACUAAAGGAAAGGAAGAGAACCUUCAAGUUGAUGGCAUGAAGUUGGACAAAAACAGGAUUCAUGAAGGGAAUGCAGAUUUAGAAGGCAAAAACAGUUUAUUUUUUAAUCAAAAGGGAGCAGAAACAUCUAGAAAGACUGGUGUAAAAGGGGCAGAAAAAGCAUCUCAUCAGAAAUUGAGACUGGACAGUGCUUUUAGCCAGGAGGAAACAAGUGGCCCAGUGAAGAAGAGGAAGGUCAGCAUGCCAGUCAACUCUAUUCUUACAGCUCAGCAGCUAUGACUGCCAUGGACUGUUUUGCUUUGACUAUAAUGUGCUAGUAGGCAUCCUUCCUGUUUAUUGUGGCUUCUAAUCUUUUACCUGCUUUAGUGAAUUCUCCAUGCACAGAACAUAUCUAUAUUCUGAAGAGGCUGUAUCUAGUUUCCUGUUUUAAACCCUGUGUGGAAUAGACAUGUAUAUAUAAAUGUUUAGGGUGUAGUUACUUUGAUGGUAUAUAGCUAAGCUAGAAUGAACCUACAUAGAUUCUAUAUGGUUUGGGGGGUGUUUGGAGUUGUUGUUUUUGCCACACUGAUAGAAACAUCCCCCAUUCUUUUCUUUCGAGCUUGUAUCUGUCACUUGGUUAUUAAUUGUCAUUUAAGAUGCCACAGUCUGAAAAUGCAAGUUGUAGUUCAAACUGUAGCAGGAUAUAGUUGUUUCAUUGUCUACUUCCACUUCCCCCAAGCAGUUGAAGAUUUUGGGGACAGUCACCAUAAGAUCCUAUUUAUUCCUUGUAGAUGAGAGUACUGGAGAUUUGCACUCAUGCGCCAUAGUCUGUUAAUUUACAAAUAUUCAGGUAUUUAUCUGCCUUCUGUCCACAUAAAAAGUCUCAUCUCUCAU